AUGUCUCUGAAGUGCAAUAUCACAGCCAAAGAAGACUACAAGGAGACUCUCAACCGCCUGAUAAAGAUAACUGAAAGCUCUGUCAGUCAGCAUUCUACAUCCGAGGCCACGGUGAUGAUCUCCAUCGCUCAGCGAGUGGACCCUGGACUCAAAAUAAAGGCAUCGAUUGAGGUUGGCAAGAAAAGGUAUUGGAAGGCGCUUAUGUCAUGCCCAAGGUUCAGGAACCGCAAGAUGUGGGAUUGUCUAUACGUGCUUCACACUGACAUCGUCGAUGUAUGGAACUUCUAUGACCCUCAUCUUUACUUGCACAGCCAAGAGUUCAGGGAACUGAUGAUGAAAAUGGUCGAUACGAUACAAGCUGGACCUACACCUAAUCUCAAGAAGACCAUGACCUCUGGAUUAUCCAUGCUGGGCACUAUUGCGGGCAUGAUGUCGGGACCUGCGGCUCCCAUCGUAGUACCAAUCGCCGCAGGUGUCGUACUCGCCACGUGGGUUUACGAGGUAUACCAGAUAUCUCAUGCGGUGCUUCAGCGUUUCAUGUCCUACAUCAUCCACUUGACGCUUGUGCUGCAGACACUUUAUCUUGUGUCAGACGGCCAGGGACUCACUCAUAGGGCCAUCAAGCUGGUGGUCGCUUCCUACCUCGCCUCCCCAAUGAGUGGAGAAGUUUUUACUCGGAUUCAGGAUUACGAUAUGCAAUUGACGAUCCUGGAACGCGCAGAUCACGAUACCUUGGAUAAAAUCGCUGAGGUGAUGCAAUUCUAUAGCAUCGACGAGACACAAAUGUCCAAACUUCGGGAAAAGCCUCUAGUAGAUUUGUCAUCGGACGAACCAUGGUAA